UUGAGAGUUCGAAAAUAAAAAAUUAUUGAAUUGGAAUUGGAAAUUCAGUUCCGUGACUCAAGGCAAUUAUAGAACAUUCAAGGAAGUUGCGCUGAUAACUACUGAAUGACAGUUAAAAAUCGGAGCAUCAUUGCAAACGACCAGCAAAUUCACAAGUGAACUUUGAGCUGUGCGUUGGAUUCAAGUGGUUCAUUUUGCAUCAACAGAUAGAAAUUAAUUUCCAGCUUCCUCAUCAGCAAGACACCAUGUCCGAUGGAGGCACACUACUGUCUGAUAUCCCCACCACCACGCUUACCAGAGCUCAAAGGCGGUGGCGCAAGGCCUAUUUGACAAUCUAUUCUACCCGGAUGAUGCUUUCUCUCAUAUCCAAAAGUCGACAAGAAUCGGAGAAAAGUCCUCCUCGUUACCCUGUCCUUGAGAUUCAACCUACCGUUUCUCAAAACCAGUUCGUGCUCAACACAAAACUAAUGUUCGAGAACAAAGACUGGAUGCAUCUGCAUGUUCUUGGGGGAGUUGAAGGUGUGGCCACCGCUCUGGGAGUAAGUUCCGACAAUGGAAUCAGCGGCAGCAAGGAUGAUACUACUAGGAGGUCUCAAAUUUUUGGUACUAACUCCUACCAUAAGCCACCUCCAAAAGGCUUUCGCUAUUUCCUGCUUGGUGCUUUUAAAGACACCGCCAUACAUCUUCUUCUAGUAUGGGCAGCCCUGGCUCUUGCUUUUGGAAUUAAACAACAUGGGGUGGAAGAAGGUUGGUAUGAAGGUGGAAGUAUUAUUGUUGCUGUCCUUUUGAUGUUUGCUCUCUCCGCGGUCAUCAACUUGAUAGUGGAAACUCAAAGUAACGAACGCAAAGAGUUGAGUAUCAAUAUCAAAGUUGAAGUUGUUAGAGAUGCUCGGCACCAAAAAGCCUCCUUAUUUGACCUUGUAGUUGGAGAUGUUGUGCUCCUGAGAUCUGGUGAUCAGAUUCCAGCUGAUGGGCUGUUUUUGAAAGGGUAUCGUUUGGAGGUCGACGAGUCAAGCAUGACAGGAGACAGUGCCUUUGUCGAAGUCAACUGUAACCAUAAUCCUUUUCUGUUAUCUGGCACAAAAGUAGUAGAUGGCUAUGGUCAGAUGCUCGUGGUGUCCGUGGGAAUGAACACUAAAUGGGGUCGAAGGAUGAGUUCGAUAGCAGAUGGUCAAUCCACUGAAAAAACUCAAUUUCAAGCUCGGCUUGACAAACUAAUUUGCUCCAUUGAAAAAUUAGGCUUCUCAUUGGCUUUUCUGAUUCUUGCAUAUCUACUUUUUAACUACUUCACUGGGAAAACAAAAGAUAAGAAUGGAAAUAAGGAGUAUAAUGGUAGUAAAACAGAUUUAGAUGCUAUUUUCAAAUCUGUUGCACACAUUCUUAUGGCCACGGUUGCCACUGUGGUAGCGGUAAUUCCAUCAGGUUUACCAGUGGCAGUAACUCUCACGCUUGCUUAUUCCAUGAAGAGAAUGAUGGCUGAUAAAGCAAUGGUAAAGAAACUUUCGGGUUACGAAAAAACGAGCUCAGCCACAGUUGUUUGUACUGCGAAAACAGGCAUUUUGACAUUCAAUCAGAUGAAAGUGACUGAGUUUUGGCUUGGCCAAGAAUCCAUUGAGAAAGAUUCUCCUAAUAUGGUUGCCUCAAAUGUUCGUGAACUAUUCUACCAAGCAGUUGGCUUGAACACAACUGGUGGUGCUUACAAAUCUGUUUCAGGAUCUGUACUUGAAUUUUAUGGCAGUCCAACAGAGAAAGCAAUUCUUUCGUGGGCUACCGAAGAAUUGGCUAUGAACAUGGAAAAAGUGAAGCAAAAGUACACUAUUCUCCAGGUUGAAACCUUCAACUCUUAUAAAAAACGCAGUGGGGUUUCAAUUAGGAAAACAGAUGAUAACACAAUUCAUGUACACUGGAAAGGAGCUGCUGAGAUGAUCCUAGCUAUGUGUUCACAAUAUUAUGAGAAUGAUGGGGUAACGAAGACCAUCGAUGAAGAUGAAAGGCAAAAAACUGAAAAUAUGAUCGCCGGCAUGGCAGCUAAAGGCCUUAGAUGCAUAGCUUUUGCUCAUAAACAAAUAUUUAAAGAAGAAAUGCAGUACAAUAAAAAUGGAAAGACCCAUCAAACACUGAGAGAAGAUGGCUUAACCUUGCUGGGAAUAGUUGCCCUUAAGGAUCCAUGUCGACCAGGUGCAAAGACAGGUGUGGAAAUUUGCAAAUCAGCUGGACUGGGCAUCAAAAUGAUCACAGGGGACAAUGUUUUCACAGCAAAAGCUAUAGCCACAGAAUGUGGAAUACUACAGUACAAUGGCCAAGCGGAAAAUGAUGAGGAGGUGGUAGAAGGCAUACAAUUUCGUAACUAUACACCGGAAGAGAAAAUGGAAAAGGUUGAUAAGAUCCGGGUAAUGGCAAGGUCUUCUCCCUCAGACAAACUUUCGAUGGUACAGUGUUUGAGAGCGAAAGGCCAUGUGGUUGUAGUCACUGGAGACGACAUCAACGAUGCCCCUGCACUAAAGCAAGCUGACAUAGGACUUUCGAUGGGUAUUCAGGGCUGCGAAAUUUGUAAACAAAGCUCAGACAUCGUCAUAUUAGAUGAUGCAUUCAUUACAGUGGCUAUUGUUCUAAGGUGGGGACGAUGUAUUUAUAAUAACAUCAAAACGUUUAUCCAAUUUCAACUCACCCUUAAUAUUGCCGCUCUAGUGAUCAACGUUGUUGCAGGCUUUGUUCCUGGUAAUAAGAUUCCUCUAACAGCAGUUCAGUUGGUAUGGGUGAACAUCAUCUUGGAUACACUUGUAGCUUUGGCUCUGGCUACUGAAAGACCAACUGAUGAGCUAUUGAAGAGCCCUCCUCAAGGUCCUACUGAACCCAUUAUAACAAACAUUAUGUGGAGGAAUCUUCUAUCUCAAGCCCUAUAUCAGAUAGCAGUCUUAUUGAUCUUACAAUUUGUGGGCGACUCCAUUUUCAAAGUGAGUCCUGAAGUGAAUGGUACAAUGGUGUUCAAUACUUUUUUUCUUUGCCAGGUUUUCAGUUUCUUCAAUGCAAGGAAGUUGGAGAAAACGAAUGUUUUCAGAGGCAUUCACAAGAACAAAUUGUCCCUUGGACUAAUGGGAGUAGCUAUACUUGUUCAGUUUCUGAUGGUGGAGCUCCUAAACAAGUUUGCUUCUACAGAGAGAUUGAAUUGGAGGCAAUGGUUAACUUGUACUGCAUUGGGAGCAUUCGCAUUGCCAAUUGGUUUUAUUGUGAAGUUCAUACAUGUUCCAGAGAAACCAGUACUCCUCAUCAACUCCGAUGGUGAAUUGAAUAUCGGUUUUAUAAAAUUCAUCAAACUACUCUUCUGUCUUGUAAAGUUGUUGUUUCUGUAUGACUGUGAUGCUUAGUAGUCCGCUUGUAUUGAUAUAGCAGUGUUUUGAAGUAAUGUAUCCUAAUGUAGUUAUGUGCUUACUACUGUAUUGGGGCCUUAAAGCACUUUGAAGGCCCAUUUUCUUUUGUGGGCUGGAAUUAUGUUCAACUCACAAAAGCCUUGUUCUAUGUAUUUGGUCCUAUUAUUAGACACGGUUUUUGAGUCAUGCUUUCGAUAUAUUUUGGAACCGACAAAUUUCUUUCGGAGCAGCUGCUCGGAAACAAUUAGCCGAUUUAGAUUUGCAAAUGAUUCUAGAUUAUUCGUUGGUAGAAUGUAUUCCUCUUUGGGUUUGGGAUUGUAUUCACGCCACUUUUUCAAGUUUCAUCCUAUAGUUUGAUUGAACUUAUUUGAUCAGCAUGAUUCUGGCUUUCUUUCUUUUUUUUUGAUAUCUCUUUGCUUGACAUUCAACUGUUUCAGAUGAUUGAGUUGAAAAGGGGAUUUUAACUAGAAGAUUUUGUAUAUUAUGUGCUUAAUGUACUUUAUACAGCGUGAUUAUCUAUUUUAUUAUUCAAUUCUUUUGGGAUUGGAUCUAUAAAAAAUUUCUUGGUCAAGAAUGGAAUUGGAUAUGAUUUUUCCCAUUUUAGUAAGUGAUUUGACAUUUUUAUUAUGAUUUGAGAUUUGAGCUGGACAUGCUGUUAGAAUCUGUGAGCUCAACUGCUAAGCGUGCAGAAGAAUUUUUGACUCUCAUCAAUGAAAAUAAAAUCAAUCUGGAGGCCCCCUUCCAUAUAAAGGAUUACUUUAAUGCUCUAAAUUUAAGGUGUGUUGAGCGUUUGUAUGGUGAUCAUGGUCUUGAUAUGAUGGGCAUAUUGCGCAAAAAUCCAGCUCUUGCACUACCAAAGUUUAACUCGUCUGAAGCAGUAGCAAGAUGAAUGGACUCGGUGUCGUUCAGAUUUUAACGAAGUUUGGGCUGAAAUAUAUGCUGAAAACCGUUACAAAUCACUUGAUCAUCGCAGUUUCUACUUAAAGCAACAAGAUUCAAAGAACUUGAGCACAAAAUCUUUGGUGGCUGAAAUUAAGGAGUUGAAAGAGAAUAAACUGGCAGAGGAAAAUGUUCUUUUUGCUAUUGCUGCUGGACACAUAUGGAUACUCUGACCUCAGCAUUCAUGAAGAUUUAUAUAAACUUGUUCAAUAUUCAUAUUCAUGUGAAGAGAUGUGCUUGACCAAGGAACGGGUGAAUAAGGCAAUGAAGCUAUGGACUACCUUCUUCAACAAACUGAAAAAGAGCUAAGCUAACAACCCCAGAAGAGACUGUGUUGAUAAACCUUACUUCUUUAU